AUGGAUUCCGAUGAGAUUAUGCCUAAUCCCGCUCCAAAUUUGGAGGAGGAUCUGGAUGAAAAAUAUCCAAACCGUCCGCAUAACCACGGUCCGACACUUCCUUUCCACGAGCUAUAUCUGAAGCUCUUUGAUACGCUAAGCCAAAUUAAAAAGAAGCCAGUGGCCUCAGCUGUAGCCCGGAGAAAAGCCGGUUCUAAUGCAGGCAAUGCCAGCUCGAACCCAUUCGAGCUACGCCACGAUGUCAUUUCCCGAUUUAUCUCAAGAUGGCGCAAAGAGGUGGGCGACGACAUCUAUCCGGCUUUUCGGCUGAUUUUGCCGGACAAAGACAGGGACCGCCCGAUGUAUGGGAUGAAGGAGAAAGCUAUUGGCAAGAUGCUCGUUAAGAUCAUGAAGAUCAACAGAGACUCGGAAGACGGCUACAAUUUGCUCAACUGGAAGCUACCCGGACAAUCUGCUGCAACCCGUAUGGCUGGUGACUUUGCUGGACGCUGUCAUGAUGUUCUAUCGAAGCGGCCGAUACGAACCGAACCGGGCGAUAUGUCAAUUGAAGAAGUCAACGAUAAGCUGGAUAAGCUAUCUGCGGCCUCAAAAGAGGAUGAACAAACGCAUAUACUAGCUGAAUUCUAUCGGCGUAUGAACCCGGAUGAGCUUACCUGGCUUAUUCGAAUCAUCCUUCGUCAGAUGAAAGUCGGCGCUACCGAGCGCACUUUCUUUAAUGUUUGGCACCCGGAUGCCGAGAGUCUAUACAGUAUUUCUAGUAGCUUGCGGCGCGUGUGUUGGGAGCUCCAUGAUCCCAAUAUUCGGCUAGAAGCAGAGGAUCGAGGAAUUGGGCUUAUGCAGUGCUUUCAACCUCAGUUGGCCCAGUUUCAGAUGCAUUCAUUUGAUAAGAUGAUCUCGCGGAUGCGCCCGACAGAGGAAGAUCCUGUAUUCUGGAUUGAAGAAAAGAUGGAUGGUGAAAGACUACAACUCCAUAUGGCUCCAGAUGAUUCGAUUCAGGGCGGACGCAGGUUUGCCUUCUGGUCCCGCAAGGCCAAAGAAUACACUUAUCUCUAUGGAAAUGGGAUCUAUGACGAGAACGGAGCGCUGACAAGGCAUCUGAAGGAUGCUUUUGUCGAUGGGGUGCAAAGCGUGAUCUUAGAUGGUGAAAUGAUUACCUGGGAUCCCGAGCAAGAUGCGAUGGUCCCAUUUGGGACCCUUAAGACAGCAGCUUUGGCUGAACAGCGCAACCCCUUUUCAAAUGGACCGCGGCCUCUGUUCCGGAUAUUUGAUAUUUUGCAUCUCAACGGACGUGAUUUGACAAAAUACACCCUCCGAGACCGUCGCAAUGCUUUACAGAAAACAAUAAAGCCCAUUCAUCGUCGCUUUGAGAUCCUUCCUUAUGAAGAAGCGACCACGGCUGCUGAAAUCGAGACAUGCCUGCGGAAAGUCGUUGCCCAAGCAUCGGAGGGUCUGGUCUUGAAAAAUCCUCGAGCUCAAUACCGACUGAAUGAGCGGCACGACGACUGGAUGAAAGUUAAGCCUGAGUACAUGACUGAAUUCGGCGAGUCUCUCGACGUGGUAGUCAUAGGAGGCUACUACGGCCAGGGCCAUCGUGGAGGCAACCUUGCUAGUUUUCUCUGUGGUUUGCGUGUUGACGACAAUCAUUCAUCUCAGGGAGUGAAUACCGAGAAAUUUUGGUCUUUCUGCAAAGUAGGAGGCGGGUUUACUGCCGCUGACUACCAGGAAGUGCGUCACCACACAGAUGGCAAGUGGGAAAAAUGGGAUUCGAAGAAGCCGCCAACUCAGUUCAUAGAGCUGGCCGGUGGAGAUGCUCAAUACGAGAAGCCAGACAUGUGGAUCAAACCAUCUGAAUCGAUUGUACUAUGCGUGAAGGCAUCGUCUGUAUCCGUGAGUGACGAGUUCCGGAUGGGAUUGACACUCCGCUUUCCCCGCUUCAAGAAGGUACGCAAGGACAAGAAUUGGAAGACCUCGCUAUCUGUUCAGGAAUUCUUGGACCUCAAGUCCAAUGUGGAGAAGGAACAGCGCGAGAAGGAGUUUCAGGUGGACAAUUCCCGGAAGCAGAAGCGAGUCAAGAGGGCAGUGAAAAAGCCUUUGAAUAUCGCAGGCUAUGAUGACCAGGAGAAUGUGCAAUAUGCGGGUCCAUCCGGCCAAAUUUUUGAUGAGUUGAAUUUCUUUAUAAUGACGGAUGCUGGUGCUCCGGCGAAGAGGACCAAAGGCGAGUUGGAGCAGCUGGUCAAAGCCAAUGGCGGCAAGGUAUUUCAAACCCAUACUGCUGUAUCGGACACGAUAUGCAUUGCCGAUCGAAAAACCGUGAAGGUAGCAUCACUGCAAAAGCAUGGUAAUUUCAAUAUCAUCAAGCCCUCCUGGGUGCUUGAUUGUGUCAAGCAAAGCGAGAAGGAUGCAGGCCUGCCCGACUUUCUGCUUCCAUACGAACCCAGACACAUGUUCUUUACCAUGGAAGAUCGAGAUAAUGAGAUCAAAAUGAAUGUCGAUCGAUUCUCGGAUAGCUACGCUCGGGAUACCAAUGUCGAUGAACUCAAGGAGAUUUUGAACAAUAUGGCAAACGAAGACCAAGCGAACAACACUAUUGAUUCUCGCACAUCGGGAAAAAUCGAGGAUCUCAUCCGAGAUAAAAUCAAUGCCGGAUACACAGCUCCUUGCGGAUGGCUCUUCCGCCGGUUUACAUUAUUAUUUUUUGAAAAGAAUCAGGAGACCAGCACUGAGAAUAAUAAUCCCGCUCCCACUAUCGCGGCAGGGGACAUUCGUCUGCAACUUGCACGAAAUACUGCACAAUUUGGGGGAGCAAAUACUACCACGUCACUCGAAAGCUCGAAUGUUACCCAUGUCAUUAUAAACCCAGAGACAUUGCCCUCGGAAGACAAAACUUCUCUGCGAGAGUCUCUGGCUGCAAGACCUGGGAAGAUUCCACAUCUUGUCAGCGUAGCCUGGGUUGAGGAGAGUUGGAUGAACGGAACAUUGCUGGAUGAAGAGAGGUUCAAUGUUCCUCGAUGA